AAAAGUAGUUCAUUCCUUCCGUUGGGUAGGUACGAUGAAUAUUAUUUAAAAUGUAUAUGAUGUUGUUAUAAAAACCGUUUUAUUUUACGAAUUAAUUUUUAAAUACGUGUUGAAGAAAACUAAUGGCUUUCAAAAUACAUUUGAUCUUGAGUUUAAUAAUUUUAAAAACUUUCGCAAUCAAAUAUCCGCACGAUUAUGCUCCCACUUUGUGGUCGGAAAAUUGCGAUGAAAAAUUCGACUUUAUUGUUGUCGGUGCUGGUAGUGCUGGCGCAAUAGUUGCUAGUCGUCUGAGUGAAAUAACAGAUUGGAAAAUCCUCCUUUUGGAAGCCGGUGACGAUCCUCCAGAAUCGUCAGAAAUUCCAUUGAAAUGGAGUUUAGCCUUGAAAACCAAGUACGAUUGGCAAUUCGUGAGUGAGAAAGAAGACAAUCUGUUCAAAGGGUUAUUAGACGAAAGGUGUCAUGUUCCUAGGGGACGUAUGAUGGGUGGCAGUUCUUCGAUGAACGUAAUGCUACAUAUAAGAGGCACAAAAAUAGAUUUCGAUACGUGGGAAUCCCAAGGAUGUACUGGUUGGAACUUCGAUUCAGUUUUACCCUAUUUUAUAAAAUCUGAAAACUUUACUGAUUCAACUCGAUAUGAUCCCAAGUAUCACGGUAAAGAUGGGCCUCUUACGUUGAGUCCUUUUGUGGCCCCCGAUCCUGCCAUAGAAACGAUAUCUCAAGCAGCAGAGUUAAUGGGCGUAACCAACGUAAAAGACUUGAAUAAAUUAGACCGAACAGUCGGAUACGCUAUGGCAGACAGUACGACUAAAAAUGGUCUGCGGUGCAGUUCGUUGAAAGCUUACUUAAUGCCAAUCAGCGAACGACCAAAUUUGUUCGUUGCAAAAAAUACCAAAGUGACGAGGAUUUUAAUUGAGAACAAACGUGCCUACGGCGUAGAAUUUUUGACGUCAAACGACGAGCUGAAGACCAUUAAUAGCACACUCGAAGUAAUACUUUCCGCCGGGGUCAUAAUGAGUCCUCAAAUACUUAUGGCUUCCGGUAUUGGACCAGCGGACCACUUGAACGAAAUGAAAGUUGACGUGGUUGCCGAUCUACCAGUAGGUCACAACUAUCAGGACCAUGUCGCAUUUUUCGGUCUUGUUCUGAGCGAUCGCAAGGAUAGGCCCAUAGAAGAGAUAGUGAAGGAAAGUCAACAGCUUCGAAAGGAAACGUUCGAAUUGAUUCCCAAAGGCAUAAGCACAAUGGGAUUAACGGGCUUACUCAGUUUCAUUGACACUAAAAGGAAAUGCUCGAAUCCCGAUAUUGAAAUCAUGAAAAUCAGAUACUCAUACAAUACGACUAAAGAAAUGAAAACUUUCCGGACGAUGUUUGGAUUUUCUGACAAGAUGGCAAAUGUAUUCGAUGAAUUAAACAUGAAGAGCGAUAUUAUACUAAUGAUACCUAUAUUGAACGUCAUAGUAAACACCGGUCGCGUAUACUUAAGUUCAGCCGAUCCAAAAGGAACGCCGAAGAUAUUAUCAAACUAUUUGUCCGAUGACACAGAAAUGGAUAUACUGUUGGACGGUAUUGAAUUUAUAAUGGAAAUGUGCAAAACGAAGCCAAUGACAGACGCAGGAUUCGCCUUUGAAGAGAUAAAAUAUCCAAACUGUGAUACGGAAUGUGAAUAUGGAACCAGAGAAUAUUGGAAAUGUGCAAUUAAGCAUCUAGCAACGUCCAUCUUCCACUCGGUCGGAACAAACAAAAUGGGAGCUGUUGAUGAUAAAUCGUCAGUGGUCGAUCCCACUUUAAAAGUCAAAGGUUUCGAAAACAUUAGAGUUAUCGACUCGUCAGUGAUGCCGACAUUAGUCACUUGUAACACAAACGCGGCUACUAUGAUGAUAGGAGAAAAAGGAGCUGAUUUAAUUAAAGCUCAAUACGAAAAAUGUGAUUAAUUUUAAGCAUUUGAUUCCAUUAUGAAUUGAUUCAUUUUUGAUGAGAUUCUCGUAGUUAUGUAGAUUUUAAAAUUUUCAGAAGGUGUAGAAUAAAAAUAGUUUACUAACAUAAUGCGCACGAUUGUAAAUCAUACGAGAAAUAGCGUUUUAUUAAAAAAAAAAAUGUAUACAAUAAUUUUAGUUAAAAAUUAAAUCAUCAUACUAGUCUACGGAACUAUUAUUAUUAAUGAACAUAUAAUCACUAUGGAUAAUCGAUAUACCCUAAUUUUUUUUUUAUGACCACAUAAACUCAUAUUUUCAUCAUCAUUUCAACAACUCUAUUGUACGCAUUGUAUAUAUUUAUUUCAAAGUUUAUCAAUUUUUACGUUUUAUUCUCAUUAACAAAUAUUGCAAAGUUAUGGAAAUUUAUAAAUAAUGAAGUCAUGAAUGUGGCAACUUGUCUGUUUGCUUAUUAUUUUUUUCUCAUUAUUUAGCGAUUGUUCGCUAAACAAUGAACAAUAUUAUUAUAAUGUGAUAAGAUUUUUAUAUUAAACUAUGUGGAAUAAUAUAGGAUUCGCGGAUUUGUUCAAUAUGUUCACAAUUUUCAACUGAAAUCUCUAAAAUAUAAUUUAUAUUAUUUAAUUUACUUGAUUUUUUAUAUCAGUCAACAAAUACUUCAUGGUUUUUAACAUUCAAGCACUUCCCGGAAACUACCUCAUGAAUACGAUGUAAUUCUAAUUGGUUAUAGUAAGUAAAUUGAUACUUAUAAUAAACAAAUUAUACCCUAAUUAAA